AUGAUAGAUGAUGAGCUACGGGAAGCGAAAGCGGAAACCGAAAGAAAAAGAGGAAGAGGAGCGCAAGAUAGAAUCAAGAAGCUUCAAGAAGAGGCAACAGAAGGGGAACAAGCAUUCCGACAAGCGAAGCUAGAUACAGAGACCCGGCACAGGAAGGAACUUGGGCAGUUGGCUGCUAAUCUGGAGGCUGCGACUACCAAGGCACAGCAAGCUUCUACAGAACUGCAAAAGAUAAAGCAAGGUUCCGCAAAAACACUGGCAGAGCUUGACGCCAAACUGGCCAAGAAUACUGCGGCUUUAAUGGGAAAGGAACAAGAGCUGUCAAUAGCCACAGAAGCUCUUGCCACAAAGGUGGCUGACUUCGAAAGUACCUCGAAGGCUCUCUCAGAAAUACAGCAGAGCCAUAGCAACUGUUCCAAGAAGAUCAAGUCACUAGAAAUCGAUUCGCGAGACGCAAAAGCUAUCAACAACGCCAGCCGAACAAGCACCCAUGCGGAAGCUGAUAGAAUGAAGAAAGGAAUCGCAAAAGCUACCGCGGAUCUCGAAGCACAUCUCAACGAAUCAGAGUGUAAUGAUCAAGGGUUGGAGAGGAAAUGCCGUAUGUUUGAAGGCAGAUACUCCGAGCAAGUGGUUGCAUCUGCAAAAAAGGAAGAGCAACUCAUUCGAAGUGUGGUCGAGGAACGGCGCUCCCAUGAUCGAGUUUUGGAAUUGCAGCGAGAUCUCGAGAAAGAGGAGAAUGAAUUUUUCGAAUUCGAGUCGGCUUUUCGGGAUCUUCAGCAUCAGUUUGGUGUUGAUCACGAAUGA